AUGUCUGACCACUUUACUGGCAUGGCUUCCGAAGCUCAACCUGACGAGCCUGUCACGAUCAAUCCUUCUGUUUUUACUUCUGGCCUGAACUCUGACCCUGUGCUUGCUCCCUCGGUACUCCCAAACCCAGAAUCUCCCACGCUUUUCUCAAGAGCGGAGCCUUCUGUUAAGAUUGAGGAGAUGACAGCAGAAGCCAGAGAGAUUAGACGCGCGGCUAUGACGCCAGUCAACUGGCUCCCGAGGCCUCUACCCUUUGCAUCGCUCCCUACCGGUCUUUGCUACGACGUUCGGAUGAGAUUCCAUGCAGAAGUCAAGCCCGUACAGGAACAUCACCCGGAAGAUCCACGUCGGAUUGUUUAUAUUUAUAAUGAGCUUUGUCAGGCGGGACUUGUUCAAGACCCUUCUGCUCCUUGCCCCCCUGCAGGCAACCUCCCACUAGGUGGCGAGACGCUUUACCGCAUCCCUGCCCGGGAGGCUACACCUGAUGAAAUCUGCCUGGUUCACACUCAAACCCAUUACGCCUUUGUUCAAUCAACGAAGAAACUUUACGAUAACGACCUUGUUGAACUUGCUAAUCACCACGAUUCAAUUUAUUUCAACAACCUGUCCUUCCUUUCCUCCACUCUAGCAGUUGGUGGAGCCAUUGAGACGUGCCGAGCGGUCGUUAAUGGCACGGUUAAGAAUGCCAUUGCCGUGAUCCGCCCUCCUGGCCAUCACGCAGAAAUUGACCGCACCAUGGGAUUCUGCUGCUUCAACAAUGUCUCUGUCGCUGCCCGUGUUUGCCAAAAAGAGUUUGGGGACAAGUGUAGAAAGAUUCUUAUCCUAGAUUGGGAUGUGCACCACGGUAAUGGCAUUCAGAAUACAUUCUACGAAGACCCAAAUGUCCUCUAUAUUUCUCUUCAUGUUUAUAAUGACGGACGCUUUUACCCGCAUGGACCGGAUGGUGGUGCUCGAAUGUGUGGAGAAGGGCCAGGAAUUGGCAAAAACGUGAACAUCCCUUGGCCAUCCCAGGGCAUGGGUGACGGCGACUAUAUGUAUGCAUUUCAAAAUAUAGUAAUGCCCAUUGGUUACGAGUUCGAUCCGGAUUUGGUCAUCAUCGCUGCUGGCUUCGAUGCUGCGGCUGGAGAUACUCUCGGGGGGUGUUUUGUGACCCCUCCUUGCUAUGGACACAUGACACGAAUGCUCAUGAGCCUUGCCAAAGGGAAGCUGGCUGGUGGGUAUAAUUUAAAUUCGAUUUCCAAGUCUGCUCUCGCAGUCACUCGCACCCUACUCGGAGAGCCACCGGACAGAUUGGACCCCCCUGUAGCCUGCAAGGCCGCAAUAGAUACGGUUCAUCAAGUUGCAAGAAUGCAAUCGAAGCACUGGCGUUGCAUGUACACGGCUGAUAUAGAUAUCGCUGCCAAACAUAAGCUCGGUGGAGAACGGAUGCAUGAUAUUAUCCGUGCCUAUCAGAGCCGAUUCUUGUACGAUAAGUACAAGAUGAUCUGCCUCUUCAUUCUAAGAGACGAACUUUCAGUCUCAUUUCAGAAUCAGGUCGUUGCGACUCCAAAUUACCAUGCAGCAAAUCCGCUUCUCGUCAUUUUUCAUGAUCCUCCUGAGAUUCUUGGUGUGCCUAAUCCUUCGACAGCGAAACUCGAGCUCCAUAACGCUUGGCUUACUGAUAUGGUAAAACAUUAUAUUGAUUGGGCUGUUAAGCAAGGAUUUGGAGUGAUUGAUGUUAACAUCCCAAAGCAUCUCACUGGGCUUGAUGACGAUUGGGAAGGGUACGUCGAAGAAGACCGGGCACGACGCUUCAAAGCGACGGAACAGCUUGCUGUCUAUCUGUGGGAGAAUUAUAUCGAAAUCAAUGAUUCAACCGAGAUCUUCUUCAUGGGCAUUGGAGACGCCUACCAAGGCUUGCUUCAUAUCCUCACUGCACGAGAGCAAUCUCGCGACCAUGUCACUGGCGUCGUCAACGUUCUCUCGGAAAACCCUCUUCGACCGGUUACGUCUCAAACCGACGACUAUGCAGGACUUUGGUAUCACAAGAACUCGAUGGUUUUUGUCUCCGGCACCCACCUCGUGUGGUCUCCAGACCGCCGACGUCCAAAGAAGAAGUUUGGAAACCUGAUCAAGUCUCCUCAAAACGGGCUCAACGAAAUGCUUCAUGCUCACCAACAACAAAUCCAAAAGUUCAUUCUUGACAGGGUCAUUGUUGCAGAAACGGUAUCAGAUGAAUUAGCAGUAGAAAAGGACAAGACCGAGACCUCUGGUAACAUUGCAGGCGCUGCGGAAGAAGUAGGCAUGCAAGCACUGGAACCUCCCAAGCGAGGAGAUAUCGUCAUGACCACCAGCCAGGCAGAGCUUCCUAUAGUCGGUACAGACACCAGCAUAAAUCCUGCCCCUGCCUUUGUCGCAUCCGUGGCCAUGUCAACUUCUACCAACGCGCCGCCAAUUCCAUCAAUUACCACGAGCCAAGAAACUAUGGAUCUUGAUGAGCCCGCGUCUAUGUUUGUUCCUGCUGCUACUCCGCCAGGCCGCGCUACUUCUGUGCCUAUUUCUGCUUCUACCAAAGCCAAGAAUAACAACAAUAACAACAACAAUGGCUCAAAACGCAAGAGAGGGGCGUCUCAAGACAUACCUGUCAGCGUCACUCCCUCUUCUUCUUCUACUGGAGGUCGGCUUCCUCGUGGCAGCGGUAAUGGCGGCAAUGGUGGCAAGGGUAAUGGAAACGGUAACGGCAAUGGGAAGAAGAAGAAUAAUAAUAACAACAACAAUGGAGGAAUCGCCACAAGACCCAGACCUAAAGUCACAAGCAAGAGUCCCCUCUCUGUAUCAGCCACACCGACACCUUCUGUCCCAGCUGGCCUCUCUGCUCCCGCUGGUCCUGCUGCGUCCGCCUCGUCAGCCUCCGUGUCCAGAUCUCCAUCGACCACGCCAAAGAUUUCCUCGCUUUUGAAUCCCGCGCCUGGUCCUGCCUCUGGACCUGGUCGUUCUGAGUAG